AUGUCUCGCUUCCCAUAUGGUGUUCCACUACCGAAUGGACUUGGCACGGAUCCCUCUUUACCCGCUGAUGCUCCAACAAUAGGCUUCAAGCUCAACCAUCUCUGUCUUCGAGUGCAAGAUUUGGACAAAUCACUGCAUUUCUACAUCAACCUUAUGGGUAUGCGCACCGUCUUCGUCACCAAUACUGGUCCUAUGACAGUGUACUUCCUGGGUUACCCAUCAACAGAUCGACACCGUGAACACCUCGAUGAAUUCGGCAAAGAGACACCUAUUCCCGACACAUUGGGCUUGUUAGAGCUUUUCUAUAUGCACGGUGCCGAAAAACAACCGGCGGGCUUCUAUAGCUCUGGCAAUACACCCCCGAAUCUAGGGUUUUGUCACCUAGGUUUCAGUGUUCCAGAUCUACCAAAGGCAUUAAAGAGACUCAAAGAGAGUGGCGUUCCAAUCAUCAAGGACAUCGGUGUAUCGACUCGACAGAGCAUACCGAUCACUGACUGGGAGAACGAACAGGGUAUUGGCAUUGAAGUCGAGGGAACCGAGAGCGAAAUUCACCCGGUCUUCAAGCAAAUCUUUGCUAACUUCGCCUAUGUUCAAGAUCCUGUAAGUUAUCAUCGGCAAGAGAACCAAAUCGGACAAAAAGGCCCUUGCUAA